AUGGGUAAUGCUUCAAGUGCAGUUACAGCGGGUAUCAAGAAUCAGGUGAAUGCAUCUAACAACGCCAUCAAUAAACUGGCUGAUAUGAGUGGACGUGGAUUUCUUGCUGACUUGGCAAUGGAAGCAGUCAAAACUGGAAAUCAUGAAGAAUUGAAUCGACAGAUUUUGGAGAAAGUAGAACCAAUGCUAUACAAUAAUGGUCUGGGAGAAAUGAUACCGUUAUCAGAUAUAAUUGCUCAAAGACACAAAGAACGUACAGGAAACACUUUUGCUGUAACUAAUCCAUCAACAGAAUGUCGAUUUAUCUGUUGGAAAUUGAAUUCUCGUGGAGCAGUUGGAGAAACUCUUUUGCAUACAUGCUUCUUAGCAGGCCUUCCUGAUCAUAUGAAGCUACUUGCUGAACGAUUGAUCGCCAUCUUUCCAAAAAUAAUCAAUGAUUUUUAUUUGAGUGAUGAAUAUUAUGGUGAAACUGUACUGCAUAUGGGAAUCGUGUCCGAAAAUGCAGAGUUUGUAAGAUAUUUAUUGAAGAAUGGAGCUGAUGUUCAUGCAAGAUGUUCUGGAAAUUUCUUUACUUGUGAUGAUCAAAAAGGCUCUAGAACUGAUCAUCCAGAAGUAGAACAUGCUAUAAUUAGUAAACAUACAAAGUAUCCUGGCCAUAUUUAUUGGGGUGAAUAUCCCCUUUCAUUUGCUGCUUGUCUCAGUCAACCGGAAUGUAUUCGAAUGUUGGUGGCUCACGGAGCAGAUGUUAAUGCAGCGGACACAAACGGAAACACCAUUUUACAUAUUUGUACUAUCCAUGAGAAUUGGGAAAUGUUCAAAAUGGCAUUGACAUUGGGUGCUGAUCUACACAUUCAAAAUCGGCAGAAUUUAACUCCAUUGACCCUUGCUGCUUUCCUAGCAAAGAAAGAGAUGAUGCAGAAAAUAGUUGAAGAGGAGAGAACAGUUAAUUGGACAUACGGUAGAACUCAAUCGGCUGCUUAUCCCCUUGAACACGUGGAUUCAAUUGAGCCAACAAGUGGAAGUAUCAAUCAGAAAUCAGUAUUGACAAUAGCAGUUUACGGAGAAAAAGCGGAGCAUUUAUCCUUACUUCCACACCUCCUGGAGCAACUUGUACAUCAUAAAUGGAUCGCUUAUGGAAGAAAAACAUUAUUCGCUCAACUUUUCAUGUUUUGUAUUUAUUUCGUCUGCGUCACAUCUUGUUUCCUACUUCGUCCAAGUCCAUUUGAAAGAAAACAACAUAUUUCGAAUGAUCUUAUUUGUUUUUAUGAUUUCAAAACAAGAAGUUUCAAUGAGUCUGCAGUUUCAACAAUUAUCUAUCACCUUCUCCAUUUGAUUUGUGUAACUGGAGCAACUCUAUACCUUGUCCAAGCUCUACUCCAUAUAAAAAACGUCGGAUAUCAUUUGUAUGUACUCGGUCUAUCCGGAUUCCCAGCCAAAGCCAUCUUUCUAUUCUCUUGUAUUCUCAUGGUCAUCACAUUCUUUUUGAGAAUUUUUUGUUUGGAUGAGGCAGAAGAUAUUGUUUGGAUAGUUAUAGUUCUGCUUACUUCUCUUAAGUUUCUAUUUUUCUGCAGAGGAUUCAAGUCAGUCGGACCAUUCGUUUUGAUGCUUUACAAAAUCAUAAUCAGAGAUUUAAUGAGAUUCUUCUUGAUCUAUUUGGUCAUUGUUGUUGGUUUCUCUCAAGCAUUUUAUGUCAUCUUUCUGGGAUACAAAAGAAAUGAUUCUGGAAAUAGAGAACCUAGUAUAAUGAGUAAUGUUGCUGAAAGUUAUGUUAGAAUGUUCAUAAUGUCAUUGACCGAAUUCACUGUUUUCUUUGAACAACUGGAGGAAUGUGAGCAUACAGUUAUAGGAAAGAUCACAUUCGUAGUCUACAUGCUCCUUGUAACUCUUCUCCUAAUUAAUAUGCUCAUUGCCAUGAUGACGAAUACUUACACAGAAGUUUCUGGAAAUUCUCUUGAAUGGCUUCGUCAAUGGUCUGCUAUCAUUUUGAUGAUGGAACAGAGUUUUGAUCCAGCAACAAGAUUACGGUAUCAACGAAGAUACGGUAUCCGGUUUGAUGGCGGAGAGAAGUUAGUUCUGUUGUUGAAGGAUAAAAUGACUGAAGAUGAAUUUGAGUGUCAAAGGAAGAAAAUGCACGAAGAUCGUCGGAAGUUUCGAGAAGAGCUCCGAACGAAUCAGAGGAGAAGGCCUGCUUUUAUUUGUAAACAAGGAGCGAACUAUUUCAAAUCAAAACACCGCCACACUAACAACAAAUUGAUUGUUCCUUCUUAA